AUGUCUCCCGCUCAAGUAACCAAGAACCGCAGCGCCAAUGGCUCCGGGUACCCCUAUCCUCUUGAACGAGGAGCUCAACGCAACGAGUCAGCCACUCGGCUUCGAAAGAUGAUGGUUGAAGCUCACAUUGACCCAACCAAGAUCGUCCAGCAUCCCAUCGCAUGGGACGGAUUGACCGCGCGUCUUGUCGAGGAAGCUGGAUUCCCCAUGGUCUUCCUCGGCGGCUACGCCGUCAGCGCCUCUCAUGGUUUGGCCGAUGCCGGAUAUCUUGGCUUUGCCGAGAUGGUCCAUCGCACUCUUGAGGUCUGCAGAGUCGUCGACGUCCCGGUCAUGGUUGACGGAGACACUGGGUAUGGCAACGAAGUCAACGUCAGGAGGACUGUGCAAGGCUAUGCCAAGGCGGGCGCUGCAGGAAUCAUGAUUGAAGACCAAGUCAGCCCGAAGCGCUGUGGCCACACCAAGGACAAAAAGGUCGUCAGCUUUGACGAUGCCGUAUCCAGGAUUCGUGCUGCCGUGGCAGCUCGCAAUGAGGGUGUUGACAUUUUUAUCUUGGCUAGAACUGAUGCUCACAUCAUUUCUUACGCGGAAGCCAUUCGACGAGCCAAGGCAUUCUUUGCCGAAGGUGCCGAUGCCGUCGCCAUCGAGGCCAUCACGUCAGUCGACGAGAUGAAGUGCUCGCGACAAGACCUAGGUCCUCAAAUCCCAUCUUUCAUCAACAUCAUCGAAGGUGGAAAGACGCCUUCCAUGUCCUAUGAUGAUCUUGCAGCGAUGGGCUAUUGCAGCGUCGCGUAUCCUUUGACGCUGCUGGCUGCGGGCAUCAAGUCCAUGAGAGGGGCGCUGCAGGGGUUGCUAAGGAAGACCGAGUCGCCGGACACCAUCAUGCAGUUUGAGGAUGUUUGCUCUGCUGUGGGCUUUCAGGAGUACUGGGAUCUGGCUGAGAAACACACAAGGGUUCAGUAG